UAACGAAGACAAGAUUGUUGGAAGAAAUGCCGGGAGAAGAAUAUGAUGGUGUCGCCGGAGAACAGCGAAGACCUCUCAUCAUCAACCAUGAUUUUGAUUCUUCAGUUGACAUCCUUCAUCAAAAUGAAGACACUAUCUCUCCUUUGCCAUUCAGUCAUACAGAAACACUAGCUUUACCCUCUCUUCCCGUUCCUAACCAACGCCUUGCUUCUCUCGAUGUCUUCCGCGGUCUAACCGUUGCGUUGAUGAUAUUAGUUGAUGACGUCGGAAGAGCAUUCCCAUCCUUGAAUCAUUCACCAUGGUUUGGGGUGACACUAGCAGAUUUUGUAAUGCCAUUUUUUCUCUUUGUGGUUGGCAUUUCGAUUGCUCUUGUAUUCAAGAAAGUCUCUAGCAAACCCAAUGCCACGAAGAAAGUUGUAUUGAGGACAAUUAAGCUUUUCCUUUUGGGGCUGUUACUUCAAGGUGGGUAUUUCCAUGGACGUGGCAAAUUGACGUAUGGAGUUGAUUUGAGUAAAAUUCGCUGGCUUGGUGUACUUCAGAGGAUAUCUAUUGGAUAUUUCUUGGCCUCAAUAUCGGAGAUUUGGCUUGUAAACCAUAAUAUUUUGGUUGACUCACCGACAGCUUUUGUGAGGAAAUACUCCAUUCAGUGGAUGGUUUCGAUCUUACUAUGCUCAGUGUACCUUUGCUUGCUCUACGGUCUCUACAUUCCAAAUUGGAAAUUUGAACAUUCUAAUAUGCUUGGGUCCAGUCAUUUAUCAAUUAUUCAAAAUGUUCAUUGUGAAGUGAGGGGUAGUCUCGAACCUCCUUGUAAUGCAGUGGGAUUUGUUGAUAGAUUGAUUCUUGGUGAAUAUCAUAUGUACCAGCGACCUGUGUAUAUAAGGACAAAGGAGUGUAGUGUCAACUCUCCUGACUAUGGACCCUUGCCUCCAAAUUCACCUGGAUGGUGCCUUGCACCAUUUGAUCCAGAGGGUAUUUUGAGUUCACUCAUGGCUGCAAUUACUUGCUUCAUGGGAUUGCAAUAUGGUCGCAUAAUUGUACUUUUGCAGGAUAACAAGCAGAGGGUACUUCUUUGGUCUGUGUUUUCCUUCGCUCUAUUGUUAGUAGGAUACAUUCUGGAGAUUUUAGGAAUUCCUUUAUCAAAAGCACUGUACACGUUAAGCUACAUGUUCAUAACUGCAGGAGCAUCGGGCUUAGUCUUGACUGCUAUCUAUUACAUUGUUGACAUAGAACAUCACAGAAAGCCUACAAUUUUACUGCAAUGGAUGGGAAUGAAUGCUCUUGUCGUAUAUGCAUUGGCAGCUUGUGACAUUUUCCCUGCAGCUAUCCAGGGUUUCUAUUGGCAUUCUCCUGAAAAUAAUUUGGUUGACGCCAGUGAAGCUUUAAUGCAGGCCAUAUUUCAUUCCGAAAAGUGGGGUACAAUGGCCUUUGUAAUCGUUGAGAUUUUAUUCUGGGGUAUUUUUUCUGGUUUCCUCCACAAGAAAGGGAUAUAUAUAAAAUUGUAAUUGAUGAUGCAAUCACGCAAAAGGCAAUGAGCUGUACAUAUCUAUGUUCCUUGUAUAUAUCUUCCAUUAGAAACUAGCCAUGCUUUUUUCAGUAAGUCCGUUAUAUUUGUUGAUUCUCCUGUGACCUGCCAAAGUUGUCUUUCUUAACUUUACCUUCAGACUGUCUGAAAACUGUCUUGAAAAUCUUAAUGCGAGUAAAAUUCAGCAUCGGACUGAA